AUGAACGGACACAGCACUAUUAUUGAGCAAAUAUUAGAGACUACCCACUCAGUCAGCUUAGAGGGCAAAGGCAAAGAUGGGCUCACACCCUUAUUAUUGGCGGCAGUAAAUGGCCAUACAUCCACUGUUCAAUUGCUGCUUGCCGAAGUCGACCCAGAAACAAAGGACCCUUCUGAAAGAACCCCACUCUCCUGGGCGGCAGCGAAUGGACAUCACUCUACCGUCGAGUGCCUGCUUGCCAAGGCCGACCCGAACGCACAGGAUCCCUCCGGGCGAACACCGAUAUCCUGGGCGGCGGGAAAUGGACAUGUUUCUACCGUUGAGCACCUCGUUGUGAAGGCACAUCUAAACACGAAAGACAAAUUUGGACAGACACCGCUGUCCUGGGCGGCAAAACAUGGCCAUAUGUCUAUAAUCGAGCUUCUACUUUUGAACGAGGCCGAUCCAAACAUAAAGACCAAUGGUAGAGACACACCAUUGUCAUUGGCGGCAGAAAAUGGGCAUGGGCUGAUUGUUGAAACUCUGCUUGCCAAGAACUGUGACCCAAACACGGAGAACGAGAAUGGAAAAACUCCACUGCACCAGGCAAGUCAGAACGGUCAUGGGUCGAUCGUCAAGUCUCUCCUCGCAAGUAACGCUCAUUCAAAAAUCGACACCAGCCAUCGAACGCCGCUAUCUUACGCAGCAGGAAACGGUCAUUUGGCUGUCGUCAAGUCUCUCCUUGCAAGUAACGCUCAUCCAGAUAUCGACCCCGAUUAUCGAACGCCGCUAUCUUAUGCAGCGGCAGACGGUCAUGUAGCUGUCGUCAAAUGUCUGCUUUCCAACAAGGCCGAUCCCAACAGCACGGACUCAUAUGGAUGCACGCCGUUGUCUUGGGCAUCGUUGAGAGGGCAGGCAUCUGUCGUCGCGUGCUUGCUUGCUAGCAAAGCUGAUCCAAACAUUCAAGACGAACACGAGACAUCUCCAAUAUCGUUUGCGGCAAUGUACGGACAUCAUUCGGUCAUUGAGUGCCUGCUUGCAAGCAAUGCUGAUCCAAACACAAGAGAUCAUCAUGGAAGAACGCCACUAUUUUGGGCGGCAAUUGAGGGGCAUCGGUCUGCCGUCGAAUCUCUGCUUGCGAACGGUAUCGACCCCAACACAAAGGGCGACCUUGGGCGAACGCCUCUGCUGGGUGCGGCACAAAAUGGACACUGGGCUGUCGUCCAGUGUUUGCUUGCGAACGGGGCUGAUCCAAAUAUAAGCGAUGAGAGCGGGAACACGCCGCUUUGCCUGGGAGCAGAAGAUGGCUCACUGCCUGUUGUUAAACCCUUGGUUGAAAACAAUGCAAACUUAAACACAUGCAAUGAUUCGGGAGACACGCCGCUACUUUUAGCAGCGAAGGGCCGUUAUGAUUAUGUCGUCAAUUACUUGGUUGCGAAUGGUGCCGAUUUUAACAUAAGCAACAAAGUUGGUGAGACACCACUUUUCUGGUCAAAACGUUGGCAUGAUACUUGGUCUUUGGAAGUACUAGAAGAAGCAAUGAAGAAGAAGGCUGCGAAUGGCGGUGGAUAG